AUGAUUGCAGAAAACCAUACCUUGAAAAGUGAGUUUAUCCUCACAGGAUUUGCAGAUCACUCAGAUCUGAAAGCCCUUCUGUUUGUGGUCUUCUUUACCAUCUAUCUGAUCACUAUGGCUGGGAAUAUUGGCCUGGUGAUACUGAUUACAAAAGAACAGAGUCUUCACACGCCUAUGUACAUCUUCCUGGGUAACCUGGCCUUCGUGGACUCUUGUUGUGCUUGUGCUAUUACUCCUAAGAUGUUAGAGAACUUCUUUUCUCAAGACAGAAGGGUUUCUCUCUAUGAAUGUAUGGCACAAUUUUACUUUCUUUGUACUGUUGAAACUGAAGACUGCUUUCUUCUGGCAGCAAUGGCCUAUGACCGCUAUGUGGCCAUAUGCUGCCCACUGAAUUACCACACAAUGAUGUCAAAGAGGCUCUGCAUUCAGAUGACAACAGGAGCCUUCAUAGCUGGAAACCUGCACUCCAUGAUUCAUGUAGGUCUUCUGUUUAGAUUAGCUUUCUGUGGGUCUAAUCACAUCAACCACUUUUACUGUGAUAUUCUUCCUUUGUACAGACUUUCCUGCAUUGAUCCUUACAUCAAUGAACUGAUACUAUUUGUCUUUUCAGGUUCAAUUCAAGUCUUCACAAUAGGUAGUGUCUUAAUAUCUUACCUCUAUAUUCUUUUCACAAUUUUCAAAAUGAAAUCUAAUGAAGGAAGGAGCCGGGCUUUUUCCACUUGUGCAUCUCACUUUGUAUCUAUUUCAUUAUUCUAUGGAUCUCUUUUCUUCAUGUACAUUAGACCAAAUUUGCUUGAAGAAGGAGAUAAAGAUAUACCGGCUGCUAUUUUGUUUACAACAGUAGUUCCCUUACUAAAUCCUUUCAUAUAUAGCCUGAGAAAUAAGGAAGUAAAAAGUGCCCUGCAAAAAAUUCUGGCUAAAAAAGUAAUCUCAACAAAUUUUAAACAAACAUCAUCUACAAUAGCUUAA